ACUCUUCACUGUUUCAUGAGCACACAGUUUUUAGUAAGUUUGUGUGGUCUGAUGCUUUGUGGCUGAGCUGAUGUUGAUCUGAGAUGCUUCCAUUUCACAGUAACAGCAACGUUUUAGCUGAUCAGAACACAGCUCAGAGUCCCGCUGGAUUAUCUACACACCAGUCAGACACCAGUAGCAGCCAUGAGAGCCCAGAUAGCACAUGUGCUACAUGUGAGACUGAGGAGACUGAUAUGGACAGAGGUGAGGCUGAGCAGGAGGCAAUGGGGCACUUCAUCCCUGGGCCCAUGCUGUGCUGUGAAGCUGAGAAAGAUAAGGUUCCUCCCUCUCUAGAGACACUGUACCAGACUGCGCAGUGCAGCAGCACCUCGGACUGCCUGCUGUUAGCAGCCCACGUGUUCCUGCUGGAGACCGGCUUCUUGGCACAGGGUAGUGACAUCAGAGUCGGAGAAAUGCCCAGCAGCUGGCUUGCAUUAGAGUAUCUCUGCAGGCUGCAGUACUUUCACCCAUCCUGUGAGUACAGGCCAGUUCAGAUGGUUGGUAUGCUGAAGGGCCAAACACUUAUUAUAAAAGCCACUAUGACGACAACCGGUGCAGUAGAGUUUUCACAGACACUGGCACUGAAGCCUGACGAGUACGUGACUAAGGAGUGGGCAGGUGGAAAUGCUGGACUGGUCUACAGAGAUAUGCAGAAACUAUCUCGUGUUUUUAAGGACCAGUUGGUUUACCCACUAAUUGCAAGAGCUAGAGAAGCACUGGGUCUGCCUGCACUGUUUGGUCUGACUGUGCUGCCCCCUGAGCUGCUUUUAAGGAUAAUGCGGCUGCUGGAUGUUCCAUCGAUCCGAAAGCUGUCUAAAGUAUGCAGACACCUGCACUCUGUUUCUCAAGAUAACUUACUCUGGAAACACUUUGUGUACCGUGACUUCAGAGGUGGCAAUAGGCACACAGACAUAGACUGGAAAGAGAUUUACGUAUAUAAAAGGAAAUAUAAGGGAAAGCUUUAUGACUGGUUCGAGCUUUUCGAAAGGUUAUAUCAGCAAAGACCAAAUAAAAAUAAAUAAUGAGGCAUUACGCUCAAAUUUCUCCAAUUCAUCUUCACCUCCAAGAUCCCAUCCCUCCUCUACAAAUUCCUCUUUUUUCUCUCGGUGUCAUCAGAGAUGAUGACAGAGAUGAUGACAAUCAGAGACAUGCUCUUCUUCAGGUCAUCCUGCCACGCCAACACCAUGACCAGGGAGAGGCCAUUAUUUCUGGGACAUUACAGAAUAAACUAAAUAUAUUACAAAAAGAUUUAUGUGGACUUUUUAAAUAACCAGAAUGAAGUCAUGAUUUUUUUCAUAACAAGUUUUAAACUGAAAGAUGUAAGGAUGAGAAAAAUAACUCAGCUGUUUGUUUUACAACCACAAACAAAAAUGUAUUUUAUUAGAUUUUAUGUGAUAGACCAACACAAAG